AUGUCGUCUCGCGGUGAUCCUGACUGUGCCCUGCCCGGCACUUCAGCCGAGUUCCUCUCGUUGGGGGAACAACUCUGCUUUGUGCUCGGUCCCGAAGUGUACGAAGAAGUUGUGAAUAGCAACCCCUAUGCCGACUCGGACGAACAAGCAAGUCCUGCUACUUCCAUUGGCACCCCGGGCCAUACUGCCUUGCCCGAGCCUUCACCUACUUCGAUCUUCACGCAACCUAUCCAUUCCAAGUCGCGCGAGGAGUUGGGUCCCGGGGUCGAGUUCUGGUCGUUUCCUCCUGACGACGCCAUUCGAUCUUUGAUUCCAAAGAGACUGAAUGUGCCCAUCAAAGAGGGUCAUGAUCAUCUGCCCAAGGUUGAAACCUCCGAGAUCUCGAAACGCACUCUCAGCCGAGUGGCCUCUUUCGAUUACAGCGAGACUCGCAAGAAGAAAAGCCAGUCCGGUGGGACUCUGGAGAGCAUCCGCGAGGUCGACGCACCCGUCCUGGACGAGACUUCUCCCCAGAUUGAGGGUACUCACAAGAAGCUCUUUGGGAAGAACGGCUGGCUCGAAGGUCCGCGUGAUGUGAACAGAGCUUUGAGUACGAAGCACAACUCAAACUCGCUCAGAGAACUGGGAAAAAGGAUCAAGCAGCAGCUGGCAGAGCUGGUAAGGGCAUGCCUGACCUCGUUGUUUAAGGGUUAUAUUCCGUUUCUGACAUUCUUUUCGCAGACCGUAGACGUGACGAAGACGACACCUUCUUCCUCCACCAAGAUGACCCACGAGACAACCGCGCCCAUCACUCUCGACCCUACUGCCCAGUCGAAGCUGUACUCCGAGCUGGAAUGCAUGGUCUGCAACACCGCCAACGACUUCCUCAUGCAGCAGUACUACGACGGUCGCAUAUCCUCGGAGUCGAUCAGAAAGACCAAUGCCUUCUGGGGAUCGAAGAACCGACCCCGCGUCACAGAGUUCCGCUUCGACCAGGCGACCCAGCGGGAAAUCAUCAUGGCCAACCGUCGCAUGCUGAACUUCACUGGGGAGUACAUCACCAACCCCAUUUUGAUGCACUCCAAUCUGCGCAACUGGAAGGCUAUCGCCCGAGAGAUGAGCAUCCGCACUUUCUGUCUACCUGACAGCGCCAUCCGCAAGCACCUCCACGACAUUCGAAAACUCCUGGAGAUGCUGAACGCUCCCCUGCCGACGCUAGAAGCGUUCCAUGCCAUCAAUGUCCGAACUCAGGAGCAGAUGAUGGAUGGACUGAAACAGGGCCGUGGAAGCAAGCUUAGCUUUGCGUACUGA